CCUUUUAAGUGCAAUUGGAAUGAAAUAGCAUAUGAUCAGUUUUGUAGGUUAGGAACGUUUGGAUUUUAUUGGAUUUUCAUUUCACAAGUUACGAAUAUGUCAAAUUCAGUAUUAACGACUAAAUAUUGAACACACUGAACCGUACAUUUAAUAGCGUGUUGUCUCCUAACUAUAACCACAAUGGUGCUUAUACUAAGAAAUAUAGUAAGAAGCAGUGCAGCUCCCUUCAAAAGGUUCUAUAAGGAUAGCUGGCCUGUAGUCUCAGUGCGAGGUCACAGCUAUGAUCCUGAUGGGAAGACAACAGUUCAGAUACUGAACAAGAAUGUAGAAGUGUUGAUGAUUGACUCUUACAGUCAGCUUGGAUUCCGACUCAAUAAUGGAAUGUAUGUGAUGGGACCCAUGGCCAUAUUUCCUCAUACAGUCCUGAGCUGGAAUGUGAGCCACGUGGAUGCAAUUAGUGAAGAUUCUCUCACACUCUUCUCUCUGCUUGAGCCUAAAAUUGAUAUUCUUGUUCUGGGGAUAGGAGAUGUGAGGAAUAGCCCAAAGCUGAACAAGUGUGUGCAUUCCUUCAUGGCAAAUCAUCGCAUCAGUAUCGAAGUAUUAACCACACAGCAGGCCUGUGCAACAUUCAACUUUCUGAAUUCUGAGAGCAGAUACAUUGCAGGGGCCCUCAUCCCACCCCUCACACUCCAGCCUACUGAGGAUGAUGUGAUUAUGUCUAAAAAGAGAUAUAACAUGUUGUAUGGAUCUGGUGAGGGUUUGUAAAUGAUAGUGGAAGUGGUUAUGUCAUAUAGUUUUCAUGUCAAGAGUGAGUCUUAAAUAUUACCCAUCUUUGUAUAUGUCCAUCUGUAAAAUUUUAAUGCAGUGGAACCUCGCUUAAUGGGUAAUUUGCAUAAUGAGCAAAAAAAAAA